UUUUAUGGUAUGGGUAGUUGUAGACUUGUAGUAGCUUAUUAGCUUAUAUUCUCUGUCAAUGUCUUCAUUUUCUCAGAGAAUUAUCUUCUGUUAAAUGGGGAAGAAACAACAUUUGGAUUGGACGACACGAUCGAUCAUGUCCACAGGCAGCGAGCGAGUCUCACUCUUGAACAAAGAGGCUAAGAAGAAGACAAGUGAGGAUGGUUCCUCGAAUGGUCCCGUGACAGACUUAGAGGAUGGAAAUGCAGUAGAGGCUGCGAAUGUUCGGUUUUCCAGAAUAUUCCUUCUAGCAAAGGAAGAUGCGGGGAAGAUAAUUAUUGCUACUGUUGCUCUGCUGAUAGCAUCAACCUCAAAUCUUCUCAUACCAAAAUAUGGUGGCACAAUAAUUGACAUUGUAUCAAGAGACACGAGGACUCCUGAGCAGCAAGCUGAAGCAUUAGAUGAAGUCAAAAACACUGUGCUGGCUAUUGUCUUAAUAGUUGUUAUAGGCUCGGUUUGCACUGCACUUCGGUCUUGGUUAUUUUCUUCAGCCAGUGAAAGGGUUGUUGCUCGACUAAGGAAGAAUUUGUUCAGUCACCUUAUACAGCAAGAAAUAGCAUUCUAUGAUGUUACUCGGACCGGUGAACUUCUGAGCAGACUAUCAGAAGACACCCAAAUCAUAAAAAGCGCUGCAACCACUAAUCUAUCAGAGGCUCUACGGAAUGUGACAACAUCAAUGAUUGGAAUUGGUUUCAUGUUUUCAUCAUCAUGGAAGCUGACAUUGCUAGCCCUGGUAGUUGUUCCUGUCAUUGCCAUUGGAGUGCGUAAAUUUGGGCGCUAUUUACGUGAUCUUUCACAUGCUACUCAAGCAGCAGCAGCUGUAGCUGCCUCAAUUGCAGAGGAGUCUUUUGGGGCCAUCAGAACUGUGAGAUCUUUUGCCAAAGAACAAUAUGCAGUCUCAGGAUACUCAGAAAAGGUCGAUGAGACACUGAAGUUAGGGCUUCGCCAAGCAAAAGUAGUUGGCCUAUUUUUUGGAGGACUAAACGCUGCAACAACUUUAUCAGUUAUGAUAGUGGUAUUAUAUGGAGCUUACUUGACAAUAACAGGCUCCAUGACUGCAGGAUCUCUUACUUCCUUCAUUCUCUAUAGCCUCACAGUUGGGUCUUCUAUAUCUUCAUUAUCAGGACUAUAUACAACAGUAAUGAAAGCUGCAGGAGCAAGUAGAAGAGUUUUCCAACUUCUUGAUCGUGUAUCAACCAUGCCUAAAUCUGGAGACAAAUGCCCCGUAAAUGAUCCAGAUGGAGAUGUAGAAUUAGAAGAUGUCUGGUUUGCAUAUCCAUCUCGCCCAAAUCAUAUGGUACUCAAGGGAAUAUCUCUAAAAUUGCGACCGGGGUCAAAAGUUGCAUUGGUUGGUCCAAGUGGAGGCGGAAAAACAACCAUUGCCAACUUGAUUGAGAGGUUCUAUGACCCGUUAAAGGGACAAAUAUUGCUUAAUGGCGUUCCUUUGAUGGAAAUAUCACAUGAAUAUUUACACAGCAAGAUUAGUAUAGUAAGCCAGGAGCCUGUUCUUUUCAACUGUUCCAUUCAAGAGAACAUUGCAUAUGGUUUUGAAGGCAGCACCAGCAGUGAUGUCGUAGAAAAUGCAGCAAAAAUGGCGAACGCUCAUGAUUUCAUUGAAUCGUUUCCUGAUAAAUAUCAAACUGUUGUUGGAGAACGCGGACUCAGGCUAUCAGGAGGCCAGAAGCAACGAAUAGCAAUCGCUAGGGCUCUUUUGAUGAAUCCUAGAGUCCUGCUAUUGGAUGAAGCUACUAGCGCUCUAGACGCCGAGAGUGAAUACCUAGUACAAGACGCCAUGGAUUCUCUGAUGAGAGGCAGGACAGUUCUUGUAAUCGCCCACCGGCUAUCAACCGUAAAAACUGCAGACACAGUUGCAGUGGUGUCUGAUGGACAGAUAGUAGAGAGUGGGACGCACAAUGAACUUCUUGCCAAGGAUGGCAUUUACACUGCACUGGUCAGGAGGCAAUUGCAGGCACCAAGAAAUGAACUCUAAGAUCAGUCACUUGAGUGGUUUGUUAUUUGCUUUAUCUAUUCUAAAACUUUCAUUUUGCUUGUGAGAAUUGAAGGCUAACCAGAUAAAAUGUUGUUAGACAGAGCUUAUGACUUAUAGAUUAUGAUUAUGGAUGGAGUUAACAAUAAAUUUAACUAUUUUUGUA